CGUCCCGCAGUUUAAAAAAGAGAGAAAGGAACCAAGGAAGGGAGAAGAGAAUAGCACGAGAGAAACCGGACAAUUUAGUGGACUGACGACGACGCAGCGAGUGGCUUGGGUUGUGUGGACGGCAAUUCGUCUUCCCAGUAUAGCAGCGUUUACAGGACAAGGAGAGCGAGUAGCAUUGUGAGGAGGCGAUUGCACGCGCGACUCGCGAGUGUGACGGCCGGCUGGCUGGCACGUUCUCGUCGUCGUUGUCGUCAUCGUCAUAGUCAUCGUGAUAAUCGCACAGUCCGUUGUCGUCCAGUCGUCUCGUUACGCGUCUAGUUGAGCAAGGACGCACACAACGGACCUGAGUGGACCACGCGACCGAGCGGAACGGGCGAGAGCGGACCCAACGAGCGAAGCGACUCGGCCACGGCUACGACGAGCCCGUCACGAUGAGUUUUUUAUUUGGGAGUAGGUCUUCCAAGACUUUUAAACCAAAGAAAAACAUCCCGGAGGGUACUCAUCAAUAUGAUCUGAUGAAACAUGCCGCUGCUACUUUAGGCUCCGGUAAUCUACGAUUGGCCGUAAUGCUUCCUGAAGGAGAGGAUUUGAACGAAUGGGUCGCUGUUAAUACUGUUGACUUUUUCAAUCAAAUCAACAUGUUGUACGGCACCAUCACAGAAUUCUGUACGGAGGAGAGUUGUCCCAUCAUGUCGGCCGGACCAAAGUACGAAUAUCACUGGGCCGAUGGUCACACGGUGAAAAAGCCUAUCAAAUGCUCAGCACCCAAAUACAUAGAUUACUUAAUGACCUGGGUUCAGGAUCAAUUGGACGACGAGACUCUAUUUCCAUCCAAAAUCGGAGUUCCUUUUCCCAAGAAUUUCUUGUCUAUUGCAAAAACUAUUUUGAAGCGGUUAUUCAGAGUAUAUGCUCACAUCUAUCAUCAGCAUUUUAGUGAAGUUGUGCAGCUCGGUGAAGAGGCGCAUUUAAAUACGUCGUUCAAACAUUUCAUAUUCUUUGUUCAGGAAUUUAAUUUGAUCGAGAGAAGAGAAUUGGCACCUUUGCAGGAGCUAAUAGAGAAACUGACGGCGAAAGACGCGCGAUGAGUCCGUCUACUGUCUACGAGCCACUCGUCCUCUCGAAACUUUUCCAAAGAAUCUCUCAACCAUGUUAUCUUCGCUAACCCGCACAUAUAAUUACAUUAUUUAAACUGAUCUAUUAAUAUAACUUCACGAUCUGCCUCUGUUUCGAAGAAUUGGCGGCAAAAACAUGUCGCCGUUCCGGAAACAAGCGACUGAUAACGCGAGAAAAUGCCUACAGUGUUCGCUCUGAAACCUCAUUCUUCUCUGACGGCGCAUAGAUAUAUUCUGUAUACUCACUAUGUGCACACAAAUAAAAAGAGAGAGAAAAAACUUAUCGAGUGGAUAAGGAUAACGAGACGGAAGUUAUGAGACGGCGCGUUCGACUUUGUGACUCAAUUUUCUCCAAACGUUCUCCAAGCACGUUUCAAUUGUAAUUUAUCAAUUGCAUUGCUGACACACGAAGGAGAGAUGAUUGAUAUUUAAGUACAAAGUGCACAUUUCGAGGAAAAAACGAAUUCGAAAAUUCUAGAUACACGCGUCUCUGUUUCGCAAACAAACAUUUAAUCGUAAUGCUCGUGGGUAUUCUGCAAUUUUGUUGUUAUUAUCUGCUGCUCUACUGUCGGAUGUAAAAAUACUGUCGCUAUUAUAUAACUGUAGAAAUUACCGAUGCUUCGUAUGGCUAUGUACAAAUGCGAUGGCAUAUCGUAAAUUUCGUAUGGUUACUUUUACGUUUAGUAUAAUUUUGUAAACAAUUAUUUCCUAUUAUUUCUCGGAUUAGUAUCUCGUAUUUCUUAUCGAGAAUUUAGACAUUGUUGGUAUAAUAACACUCAUAUAUAUAUAUAUAUUGCCGUUAAAAAGCAAAGAAAAGUUAACGCGCAAUGCUAUCGCAUUAUUAUGUAACGACUACUUUAAGAUAUCGUCCUGUUAAGCGCUUAUAGACUUAUUUAUACGACUAGGGUUUUUGUACGCGUUUUAUCCCUGUAGAAAGUGAUAUUUCCUGCUUCAGACGCUUUUCAGAUACUGGUAGUUAAACCAUCUACGUCGUCUUACUGCAAUUUCUCGUAUAAUUCUCUCCAGUUAUUAAUUUUCGAUUUCUAGGAAUUAACGUUAUGAACGACAAAAAACUAUCACACAUGUCUUUGUUCUAUGAACGUCGUGAUUGAUGUGACGUAAUAUUUCACUGACAUUUAUCUUCGUCUGUCUUUGCCUAAUUAAAUUUAUGCUGCAUUAAUGAAUGGCAGAUUUCUAGCAGUACUUUAACCAUUCACAAAGUUCGAAUCCGCAAUGUCCGACUUCGAAUAUUUUGUUUUUAGUCGAUACUUAAUAGUGAUUAUAUCGGAUUAAAAGUACAUCGCGAGUUGUAAGUGUCGAGUAUCCUUAACAAUUGAUCAACGUCGCCGACAGUUAUCGUCAUUUAUGUAUGAUGGUCCGAUUAUGUAUGAUCGUCGAUAGCCCGAAUGUAUCAAGUAAUUCGUCGUUUCUUUCGACAUGUUACGCAUGCGAUAAUAAUGAAAUCUUUAGAAAAUUCCAAAGUGCUGAGAAAAACAGUUUUAAAAAGGGAAACAUAUUUUUUUCAUUGCAGUAGACGUUAAGAGUUCAAUCGCGUGAACCUCGUAUAUAUGUAUACGUAUAUACAUAUUGCAUAUAUAUAUAUAUAUAUAUAUAUAUAUAGACGUAUUUUAUUAUAACGACAUAAGAUAGUGAUUAACGGCAGCGAAAUAAGGUGAUAACGCCGUGGAACGAAGACGGCGCGUAUAUACGAUGAAUGUAGACAUAAAUGAUGAUAGUAAUAGUAAUAUUGUAUUCGGUACUUAAGAAAAGAUAGAAGAAGUAAGACGCAGUGAGAGUGAGAGCAAAAAAAAAUCGCAUUUGUCUGCGUUCUUCAGAGAUGGUUACAAAUAGCGUCUGUUCGUGAUUGCGAUGGACGAUAGUCGCCUAUUAGAGAACUAUUUCAUUUGUUCUCGACGACUCGACCGACUACAAACGGCUAUUUUUGGUCUUAUACGCGUUUAUACGAGUAUUAGUGAUUUUCUCGACGCCAACCUGCAACUGCUAUUCAUUCGUGAUGUUUAGACGCUUACCUUAGCGACGUUCCCGAUCGGAGAACACGCGUCCUCUCUCCCUUUCCUCUUGAGCGACUUUCCGCGGCACGAGUGCCUCAAACGCAACACUGUCCGACACGGUCAUGC